GUCAAAGAUCACAAACAGAGGGGCGUGGUGAACCACACGUGUAGCACAAACAGUGUUUUUAGCUGCAGUUAAUAAUAUCAUACCUCUAGAAAGCCACCAUGAAGUUUGCAGCCCUCAACAAGGAGGCCUCUACUAGCUCUGUGCUUUCCACUCCUUCAGGGAAGGGAGGAAGACCAACUCUGGAGGCUCAAGAGUCUGCCUGUCUAGAGCUCUACCACUCAGCCAUACGUCUGCAGCAAGAUGGUGACCUCGCUCAAGCUAAGGGGAUCUAUCGGGAGAUCCUAGAGUCUGAAUUGAUGGAGGAUGUGGGCGGAGCUUCACAGCACACCACCCUCUCCAAGCUCAAGUAUCUGGUGUACAAGAACAUGGCCGCUAUAGCACGAGAGCAAGGAGACCUCUCAGCAGCUGUAGAUUCUUACAUUGAGGCCUCCACAAUCGACACUAGUGAUGUCACAAUGUGGUGUCAGCUAGCGUCAGCGUCGUCAUUGCUAGGCAACCUCCUAUUGGCUCGAAAGGCACUAGAGUGUGCGAUGGAGUGCAACGCUCGCCACUGGCCUGCUCUGGAGGCUCUGACCACAGUGCUGUUUGCACUGGGAGACUACUUAUCGUGUAUGCUUGUAAUCAAGAAGGGAUUGGAUUUGGACCCUAAUUUUCCAAGAGGUGUGGUCUACCUGCGUCAUAUUUCAGAACAUUGUUCGGACCUCAUUAGUCAAUCUGUACUGGUCCCUCUCCAGAUUCACCUUAUGAAGCCGAGCCCACCUGGUGGCGAACGGUUCUUGAAGGAAGCCUCGACUCUACAAGAGAGGAGGAAGAGCUUACAGAGUGUGGAGGUGCUCCCUGAGGAUAUCAUCCCAGCAAAGAAGAUGGCUACUCUCACAAUGUACAACCUGGCCAACAGUCUACUGUCACUGUACAAGCAAUGCAAGGAGCUGUCGAAAUCUAAAGCAAGCUACAUUGUCCGGAUUGACACUACCUCUCUGGUUGGUGAAGCACGACCUAUUGAAGACUCUGCAUCGUCAGCACAAUCCUCCCCUGUAAAGAAACUACAACCUAUUUCAGAAAGUCCAGAAGUGGGUGUGUCAGGAGAUGGUGUCGAGGAGGGUGGGGUGAGGAAGGAGACUAAGAGACGUCUGUUGGAAGAGUUGGAACCAUUCGCUCCUAAGAGACGCUCUUCUAGAGUAAAAGCCAAGAGUACACCCACCCCAAUGCUACUAAAAGGUCAGAGCCACUUCCCAACACUCAGCAAGUUCAUUCCUGUUUGGCUGGAAUUAUCCAACUUACCCGAGCUUAGUUCCCUCUCUCCCCUCAAGAAACUACAAGAUGACACCCAAAGGUACUCAACCGGAGAAAAGCUGCUUGCAUUAUCUGACUCCACCCUCCGAUUAAGUGAGCCUCAAGUCGUCAAAGAUUUCGUUAAAGAAAGCGAAGAAAAUUUCGGUAUUCUCGAUUUGUUGCAGCGAUUUUUACUGUUUUUAUCGCGACGUUAUGACCAUAAAUGGUGUGAUGCCCCAUUCCCUGUAGUGAAACUGUAUACAGAUCUUUACGAGUGUCUUCAUCCACACAUCACACUACCUUCUAGUUACUGUACUAUGGAAGAUGCUCAACAACCAAGCUUUAAAAACAUGGCCACAGUUGCCAUGUGCUAUCUCGAGACGUAUGUAGACUGUGCUUCGCAUAAAAGAGGGAGUAAAAAAAGUUCCCUAGUCGAUUCUUUGGGGUCUGGUGUUUCUCUCUCAACUCCGAAAUGCUUCACAGAGUGUUCCAACUUCAUGAGUCACUGUGCAGGACUAGUUGGGGAGUCGGGCAAAGAGACAGUGCAGUUUGCUCUGCGCUACGUUUGGUGGAAGGUGAAAUGGAGUAUGCUCAAUUCGGACAAUUCCACGGCAACUAGUUCGCUGCGCCAGUGUGAGAGGAUGCUUGAGGCUCACUCUACUGUGUUAGGCGGAGCUGUGGCUGUGUGUCUACCCAAUAUCAGCGAUGGACCUCUCAUUUCUCUUGAUGAGGUGCGUGAUAAGAUCAAGCAGUUGGAGCAGUGCGUCUCAAUGAAUGAGAUUCACGACCUGUACAAGAGCUGUGAGUACUCGGCCGUGGUGGAUAAGCUCCUCCCACUAUUUGACGAAGACCCAGACCCUCCUAUUGAGUUUAUUAUUGGUCGAGAAAAGGCCCCCUCCGAAGAAAAGAGCAGUCUUUCUCUCCUCCUUUCCUGCCUCGUCCAGCUUGGUCGUUUCCGCGCCUGCCUUGAAAUGGCACUACAAGCCACGUUCACUCUAUUGUCACAGAAUACUCCCGGCAACGAACAGUGGGCAGCUGCUCUCAAGGAGAUGUUUGUUACCAUUGACGAUUGUCUACCACCAGUAGAGGAACAAUCUGACAGCUCAAAGGAAUAUUUACCGCAAAAUAGUGAAACGAGCAAACUUAGUGGAGUCAAUGUUGAAACAGAAAGUACUGAGCAAAUGGAGACAAACAAAGAAGAUGCUCAAUUAGAAAUGGGCAAUGAAAUAGUUUCAAGAAAGGACCUGUUGCGUGUGUGUGACCAACGUCUGCUGAAGAGGCUGUUUAUGUGUGUGAUAAAGACGCUGGACCUUGUGGCGGACAUGGCUGACUCCCCACUACUGAUCACUCUACCAGUGGCCAUCACUUGGAAGGUCUUCUACACUCUAAUGGCAUGCGAAUGGGAGGCAGGCGUUGGAUUAGUCCCGCUGCCACCCGCUGAUGAAACUGAGGACCCCCUGGCUACAUCCACUCCACUCGAGCCCAUGGAAGUAGUAUUUAAUGCGUCAUCACAGGAGGCAGCAAAGAAGACAGAAUCUGCCGGGAAUGAUCAGUCGAUGGACACUAGCUCAAGUGGCUCUCUUUCUAUAGUUACAGCUACUGUUACAAGUAUAGCAAGUUCUGAGUCUCCGCAAACACCCACAGUCUCUAUGGCGAACAUUGUCACAGGUGAUCUACCACUUCCCAGUAAUCCUGUCACUUGUCAGCAGUCAUAUUCUCCUCCAAUCGACAUGCUUACAACUGCACCCGUUACAACUACCUCACAAACAGUGAAUAUUUCAAACUCAUCAUCUUCGCCCACUAUGCAAUUGAUUCCAAAUAGUGCCCACCCCACACCCUCCUCAACAACUGCAUCAGUGCUGUCGUCAGUUCCUAAUAGUACCAGCUCCACCUCCGCCACGACCACCCCCUGUCCAUCGUCAGUCCAGUCGACCCCCAGCAAAUCACCCCCGGACACAACGAGAGAUGAGCUGCCCCCCACAUUGAGAUUCCUUAUUGAAGCUCAUCAACACCUGGGAAGGAUGGGAUGGUGCUGUAAGGAGAGAGGGUUGUUCCUGCACCUGAGUGUUAGCACACUACGCAAUGAGCUCAAGCACCUGCUCAAACUACCCACCAAACACAGAGAGAUGCUUCUGAUUGAGCUGGAGCAAUGUUACUACUGUCUCUAUGGCCACCCUCACAAGAAGGCCAAGGCCCGGGGUAUAGCUGAACACAACUCUCCUCAGAUACCCCUGACUUGGGACACUGCUCUGACGCUCAUCGAAUACUUCCAUCCCUCACCUCUUCCCACCAUUGAUGACACCAAGGCAUCUCAAGUCACCCCAGAGCUCGUCUCUCUCUACAAGAGGAUUGUCAGCAUACUGCCACAGCACGGGAAAGUGAUCUCUAAAGAGGACUUGAGUGGUCUAAUUGAUGGCACCUGCACUGACUCCAUGAUUGUGCGACUGUCCCCUCACCAACACACGACCACCAUGGCCGAGGUCUGUUACCUCCUGGCUGAUGACGCCCUCAAGAGUGGCUACAACAACAAUGCUGUCCAGCAGUACCAGCAGAGCCUGUGUUACUGCCCUGACCAGUUUACCUCAUGGGCGGGGCUUGCUCUUGCCCGCACCAGGAAGAUUGUUGAGAGGCUCAACAUGAGGGAUGUCAAGUCGGGGAUGGAGAGAUAUGUGCUGAAACAGACUGCAGCCACAGUGAGGUGCUACGAGAAAGCCGUCUCCCUCAACGAGAAGCACUGCUUUGUUAUAGAAAAGUUUGGAUUCUUCUGCUACAUGAUCCAGGCCUUCUCCUCUCAGAUCCUCAACCAGUCGGAGCUGUACCUACUCAAAGACACCCACUCCUGGGCGUCAGACUCUCUCGGGGAGAUGCUGUUGCUCGCUAAGAAGUGCUUCACUCAAGCUCUAGCUCUCAAGGGAUCCAAGCACUCUGAGCCGUGGUUGUAUCAGCUCAUGCUUGGCAAGAUAGGUUGGAAACUCUCUCAGCCUUUUGAAGAGACGAUCAAGCUUUUAAUCGAGUCCUGUGAGGGUCUCCAUAGAGAUGAAGCUGGUUACCCUGACUAUGUAGAGCUGUCUGCCAAGUACCAUGCUCUGGAAGCCAUUGAGGCUCACUACCAGCUGCACACAUACAUCCUGAAGACUCUCCUCAAACGAGCCAAGGAGGGUGUGGCAACGAAUUCCUCCGCUGAACAAUGCCUCAGGAACUAUAACUCACGUCUUGAUUCUCUCCCCCUCACCCCUGUCAGCUACCCCGGCGUGUGGACCUGGGUGACCUCUCUCGUUGACAAGGCUAUCGAGGUUAGAACUAGUAACGAGAAACCAAGGCAAAAUGAAGACCAGAAUAAACGUUUCGUCGAAGAAGAAAAAAAGAUAAGUGAGUUGCAGUCGAUUGACAAACCUGUUGUCACCACAGCAAGUACAACAGUUACUGUACAGGACACAGAGGAGAAAAAGGUCUUCCCAGCUGUUUCCCUCUACAGUCUCUUCUCUAAAUCUCCUCUAGAUAACACAGCAGAAGAAUCGUGUACCACCAAACCUUGCCUAGCAGCUGGCCCUCGUUCUGAACCUGUCACAAAGAAGCACUUUGGAUGUGUGGACGCUGAUCUGCUCAAGAAGAGUCUCUACGGAAUUGCGGUGUGUAGUAUGAGGUGCCCGGCAUAUUUCAAGUCGUUGUAUCGAAUGGCAGCCACGUGUUUUGAGAUGGGACUAGCCAGAGAGAGCCGGGAGAUUCUAUUAGGGCCACUCCCGAGUGCUUUGGUGGAGCAGCAAGAGAAGCUACUACCUCUGUUUGCCCUCAAGCCUAACUUCUUCUCUAACAUGUGGCAGAUACCGACGGAGGAGAUCAAUCGUCCUGGCAACUUCUCCACCCAUGCCCGGCGCAACCUCGACCUCUUACUGGAUGUUCUAACUCGUCUCUCCGAUGUUCAUUCCCUUUCUUACCUUGCUCAGCACUUGAAGAGCAAGCCGGACACCACUAGACAGUACAUGAGGGACAACGAAAGAGCCUUCAUCUUUAAGAAGGCAGUUCGCUGUGCUGUUCAGGCAUUGGCGUCAACAACAUCAAGUGUGACCUCCCUGUCCCAAGAAGAGUUGAGGAAGCUCCAAAGUGUUGCAUCAUCCCUCAAGCCACUCUCAAAGCUGUGCUCACCCAAACUUACCAAGGAUGUUGAUGCAAUCAUUGAGCGUAUAAAGACAGCCAUUGUCCCCACCUCCCCACCACGCACUUCCCAAGACAAAGUCGACAAGACUCCCCCAAGCAAUGAGAGAACGCCCCCAAGCACUCUGGCAGCAACUGAGGAGUCAGUUAGCAACAAGACCGGUACUAAGGGGACAGUUUCAAGCAUGUCUAUAAAUAAACUGUUAAAGCCAACUAUUAACAUGGAGAAACUGCUUUGUAGUACAGACAGAGAACAUGAAAACACAUGACCUGCACACAUAUAAAUUGCACAUGUCAUGUGUGUGUUGUUGGUUCUCCUUAUACAUCAUCCCAUAACAAUAAUCAUCAUUAAUUUUAUUCACGAUAUUUUUGAACAUGCCUGCAUGAGAUUGAGAGGUCACAAUAGAUAUAUUGCUUGGUUGUAUAACGCAAGUGUCGUGACAUGUGUGAUAAUAAAUAGUAUACAAUAGUAGUUAGAGUGAAUUUAAAUGCCAUUGAUUAAUUAAGAAACUAAAACACCAUAAUUGCAUGACAUACAAGAGAGAAGUUCAAGCAUUGAUUUGCUGCUGAAUCCUCAUGGCCACCAUUUUCUCGAUCCUCCUCUGUCUGAGGUAGACAAUGGCGUAGGCUAGAGCUCCCAGUGAGAAUGCACUACCCUCAAACAGCCAGAACAUUCUCGUCUCAAACGGGUGAGGCGUGUAGUGACAGCUG